CCGAGUGUGGGGCCCGGCAAUGCCACAGCCCCACCGCGCUCCCUCCGGCUCAGACCGCUGAAGGGUUUCCCUUCCCGGCUGCUGCUGAUCCCUUCCCAUCCCGGAGUCACACAGCCCAGCAGUGCCCCCGAGCAGCAAUGGGUCCCAAGGACCACUUGGGAUGGUCAUGCAGAUGCUGGUGCUGUUGCAGCACAGCCUGUUUGCAGUCGUGCUGCGGUCCCGGCGGCUGCGGAAGAUCUGCCGGAGGUUGGGGAAGAAGAGGAGAGUGCCGAGCGCCAGGAGGAAGAAGGGGAGAGAUGCUUGCGGGAAGGACGGAGCAGCGGGGAUGUCGUCGCCGACCUGGGAGUUGCGGACGAGCCCACGGGAAAGGAGCAGGAAGCCACCCCGCGCCCCGCUGGCAUCCAUGCUGUCCCUGGGCUCCCUUGAUGAAUCUUCUUCCUCCUCCGGUUCCUCCCUCUACUCCUUCCCAGAGCCCUGGCCCGGUGCACUGUCAGAGUUGGCUGCCCUUGCCCCUCGUGCCGCCCCAGAGCCACGAGAGCCACAACCAGGGCCAGAGCCACAGCAAGAACCAGAGCCAGAGCCAGAGGCAGAGCUGGAGCCCCAACCAGAGUCAGAGCCAGAGUCAGAGGCAGAGGCAGAGGCAGAGGAAGAGCCUGAGGAAGAGCUGGAGCCACAACCAGAGUCAGAGGCAGCGUCAGAGGAAGAGCCAGAGGAAGAGCCUGAGGCUGAGCCAUCCCUGUGCCCCAGCUCGGAGUCCCCGGCUCUGCUGAGAGCAGCCCCCAGCACCCCCUAUUCCCUGCGGAUGACUGAGCAGAGCGAUGGAGCGCAGAGCCCCAUGGAGCCCUCCCCGCCCCACUGCUCCCACACGGAGCUCAUCCAGGAGCUGAUCUGUGCCAUCCGUGAGAACCACGCAGCCGUUGAGCGCCGCUGCCAACUGCUGCGGGCAGUGCUGGAGCGGCAGAGGGCAGCCGGGACACCCAGAGAGCCCCUUCACGACCCCCCGGCCCAGGAGCACCCCGCCCAGGAGCCCCCCCCCCAGGAGCCCCCCAGUCUCCAUCUGCUUGUUCAGAUUAAUGUCCUUAGUACGGGGAUGUGGCCGCUACUGAAGAGGGCCACCGACAUGGAUAUGAACAAUCACAAGGACACGGACAUGGACACGGAUGCGGACAUGAACCUGGACACAGAUGAGCACCCAGAAGUGGGAGCAGACGGGAGCGCCCCACAGGAUCUGGACCAGAGCGUGCUGAUGGACCCAGGCAGGAUCAGCCCGAUGGAUCCACGCCGAAACAUCCCCAUGGAUCCAUGCAGGGCCAUCCCGGCAGAUGCAGGCAGGACCAACCCUACGGGGUGCCUCUGGGGUCCCAAGGGCACGGCCCAUCUGCGGGUGACCCCGGGGCUGUGCCGGGCCAGGCAGCGCCUGCAGCACAGCUUCUCCAGGCUGUGGCGGUGGGUGCAGGAGCGCUGGAGGCACUGCCGUGCACAGCCCUUUUGGCAGCGCUGGUCCUCCGUGGGGAGGAAGACUCCCUGAGCCCGAGUGUGGAGCCCGGCAAUACCACAGCCCCACCGCGCUCCCUCCGGCUCAGACCGCUGAAGGGUUUCCCUUCCCGGCUGCUGCUGAUCCCUUCCUAUUCCGGAGUCACACAGCCCAGCAGUGCCCCCGAGCAGCGAUGGGUCCCAAGGACCACUUGGGAUGGUCAUGCAGAUGCUGGUGCUGCUGCAGCACAGCCUGUUUGCAGUCGUGCUGCGGUCCCGGCGGCUGCGGGUAGGUGAUGGAUGAGGGGCCCGGGGGCGCGGGGGCACAGGGGCUGCCCCUCACCCACCCACUCACUGCUCCCACAGAAGAUCUGCCGGAGGUUGGGGAAGAAGAGGAGAGCGCCGAGCGCCAGGAGGAAGAAGGGCAGAGAUGCUUGCAGGAAGGACGGAGCAGCAGGGAUGCCGUCGCCGACCUGGGAGUUGCGGACGAGCCCACGGGAAAGGAGCAGGAAGCCACCCCGCGCCCCGCUGGCAUCCAUGCUGUCCCUGGGCUCCCUCGAUGAAUCUUCUUCCUCCUCCGGUUCCUCCCUCUACUCCUUCCCAGAGCCCUGGCCCAUUGCACUGUCAGAGUUGGCUGCCCUUGCCCCUCGGGCCACCCCAGAGCCACGCGAGCCACAACCAGAGCCAGGGCCACAGCAAGAACCAGAGCCAGAGCCAGAGGAAGAGCUGGAGCCUGAUCCAGAGUCAGAGCCAGAGUCAGAGGCAGAGGCAGAGCCUGAGGAAGAGCUGGAGCCACAACCAGAGUCAGAGGCAGCGUCAGAGGAAGAGCCAGAGGAAGAGCCUGAGGCUGAGCCAUCCCUGUGCCCCAGCUCGGAGUCCCCGGCUCUGCUGCCAGCAGCCCCCAGCACCCCCUAUUCCCUGCGGAUGACUGAGCAGAGCGAUGGAGCGCAGAGCCCCAUGGAGCCCUCCCCGCCCCACUGCUCCCACACGGAGCUCAUCCAGGAGCUGAUCUGUGCCAUCCGUGGGAACCACGCAGCCGUUGAGCGCCGCUGCCAACUGCUGCGGGCAGUGCUGGAGCGGCAGAGGGCAGCCGGGACGCCCAGAGAGCCCUUUCACGACCCCCCCAGCCCAGAAGCCCCCCACCCAGGAGCCCCCGGCCCAGGAGCCCCCCAGUCUCCAUCUGCUUGUUCAGAUUAAUGUCCUUAGUACGGGGAUGUGGCCGCUACUGAAGAGGGCCACCGACAUGGAUAUGAACAAUCACAAGGACACGGACAUGGACACGGAUGCGGACAUGAACCUGGACACAGAUGAGCACCCAGAAGUGGGAGCAGACGGGAGCGCCCCACAGGAUCUGGACCAGAGCGUGCUGAUGGACCCAGGCAGGAUCAGCCCGAUGGAUCCACGCCGAAACAUCCCCAUGGAUCCAUGCAGGGCCAUCCCGGCAGAUGCAGGCAGGACCAACCCUACGGGGUGCCUCUGGGGUCCCAAGGGCACGGCCCAUCUGCGGGUGACCCCGGGGCUGUGCCGGGCCAGGCAGCGCCUGCAGCACAGCUUCCCCAGGCUGUGGCGGUGGGUGCAGGAGCGCUGGAGGCACUGCCGUGCACAGCCCUUUUGGCAGCGCUGGUCCUCCGUGGGGAGGAAGACUCCCUGAGCCCGAGUGUGGGGCCCGGCAAUGCCACAGCCCCACCGCGCUCCCUCCGGCUCAGACCGCUGAAGGGUUUCCCUUCCCGGCUGCUGCUGAUCCCUUCCUAUCCCGGGGUCACACAGCCCAGCAGUGCCCCCGAGCAGCGAUGGGGCUGCACCCAUCCUGGGGCUGUAGCACAGAACUGCAGAACCUCAGCCCGGUUUGGGUGGGAACGGCCCCCAAAGCCCACCCCGUGCCAACCCCAUGGGCUGGGGCUGCUCCCGUGGGCCGGAUGGUAAAGUCCCCUCUGCGGGAAUGGAAUGCUUUUCUCUGUAACAGCAAGGUAAGAAUUUUAUGUCACGGCCAUCGUGCAUCACUGUUUGGGUACGUGGAAUAAUGUAUAGGAAGAACUAUUGCAAAAUAAUCAGCAAUAUACGCAUACAGCCAGCAACACUUCGUGUUAGCCUGUACGGAUGUGUAUAUGCAAUAUUCCAUCGCCUGCUCAGGUGCAGUGCAAGAAUAUCCUGCACGAGAGAUUCCAUACUCCCUUACAACUUUCCCCUUCUUCCAUUGCAAUCCCUGUUUCUAUACACUUCCCAGGCCCCUCAGUUAGUUUGUCCAGGCCCCUCACUUCAACCCCUUUAACCUGUAUACUACCGGGAGAAAAUAAAGCCACCCUUGCUCUGAUUAGCUGAAGACCUUGGGAGCUGUAACCACAUUCAGCACACAUGGAGGCAGAGAACCACAUGACUGUAACUACUGGUGCCAGACGGACCCUCUCAGCACCAUCACCAGACGUCUGGCUUGCACCCCUGGCAUGGCUGGGAGCAGAUGCUAUGAAGACCAUGGGCCAGCCCUGCCGGCCCUGAGGUGGCCUGAUGGCAGUGAGUGGCGAGGAGCCACGGGUCCACGUGUGACAAAGGAGCAGAAGUGGAUUGCCAACUGGUGGAAGACUCCACCCCUUACGAAUGGAAGCCGCUUUGCGUUGUCCCAGCUGGGAGCAGACGGGGGAGACGACCUGUGCAGGAGGAGCUGAGCGCCAACACGGAGCUGCACGUCGUGCAGGAUGGGCUGCAUGGCAGGCUGGGAGCGGGGCGCGAUGGGUGGCACAUGGGCUGCUGACAGAGUGCUGCACCGAGACGGGGCACCGAUGGCUCCUUCCUGCUCAGGGAGAGUGAGACGUUCGUUGGGGACUGCGUUCUGUCCAUCCGGAGUGAUGAGAAUUGCAGCGCUGCCGCAUCCAUUGGCGGCAGGACGCCAGCAUCCACAGGAUCUCCCUACCAGACAACCUGGUGUUUGACAGGCUCUACGGCCUCAUCACCCACUGCAGGGAGAUGCUGCUGAGCUACAACAGACCUGAGAUGAGGCUGGCACAGCUGGUGCCUCGGUCCAACACCCGCAGCAACACAGACCGGGCGCUGCAGGACGGCACAGGAGGGACGAGCCCAGCUCCAGCGCCAUCUACUUCAGGGCAGGAUGGAAGAUCCAGCACUGCCACACGUAGCAAGAGGGACACGUUUAAUGAGGCACUUGAGCCAGUGCAUGUUGCCCAUCACACGCAAUAAAAGCUUUUGUUCUGCAC